GGGCAUUGUGUUAUUCCGUAAACUCACAUCAGAACUUCAGACUUUAUUCAGAGCACCUAUAGUACGGCUGUAGUAAGGCUGAAUUCUACUUCCUACAAAGACAAAGAGGCUAACUGCAAGAACAGCAGAAAACUUCUAUCAACUAAAGCUAUCUAAUGGCUGGACCACAUGCACCAUAAAUCAUAUUUUUACCAAGGCCCAAUAACUGUGAUGUGCAUCCACUGCAAUGAUCCUGGGAAGCCGGAAAAAAAAAAGUUUUUGCAUAGAAUGGAAGAAAUGGGAACGUUGGUUACAUCAGAACAAGUCCAAACAUAAAUGGGUCCCUGGGGUCAAAACAACUCUCCCUGGUCUGGGAGGGAAUGGGUUUGACCAACCUACUGGUACAUUUUAUAGGAAAUAUGAAUGGAAAUUUCUUGGAUGCCAUGAAUAUAUCCCUCUCGUGUGAAAGGUUCAGGGACUCACUAAACAAGAGCUAUGUACCCUCUGUACCCAUAAGUCUCACUUGAUGUAGAGAGUUGUGAAAAACCACAAGCACAAAUGACAUUCCUGGGGUGGGUAACCAGAGCUAUUAUUGGCUGUUGGUUAGUGACAAGAAGCCUUCAUCAGCAUCUGAUUGGCUGUACACUUGUGUGUUUGUACCUCCAAAAAGCCAGAAUUCCAGCAAGAAGGGUUCUCUCUAUGCCCCAUGUAUUCCCAAAUAGCCUCAACCAUAAGGCUGUGAAGAGCAACAUUAUUAUGUCCCUGGGGUCUCCUCUUUAUCUGGAAUUCAAAUUUGCCCGAUUACUGCUCCAGCCCCUAGAAGAUCCUCACCCUCUUAGCCGCUUUGGGAUCUGUGGGUACAGCCGGCAGUCGAAUGGCACAGGCUUGUCCUCUCUUCCCAAUAAUCCUCCCAAUGCUGGUCAUCAACAAAGUCAUCCGAGUCCAAACACUGAAUCCCACCAAAGUCAUUCUCCCAGUGCCCCAAUCAGACUGAUGCCCAGGAUUAUGAAUCACACACAAAGUGCCCCGGCAGGCUCAGGGUAUAUAUUGGGUGGUUACCCCUCACCUUUGCUGGAGCAGCACAAGAAUAUUGUUCUGAACCUUUACAAACAUGGCACCUGUGAAGACUUCAACCCAGACUCAACCACACAAAGCUGUCACCUGCAGGAAUGCAGUGUUGGUGCAGGGACCGCAACUCCCCUUGACUCUUUCCCAACAGAAGAUUUGGAGAUGACAAGGACCGAGGGGCAAUGUCAGUGUGAGUGGGAUAUCAUGGAUGAACCUUACAGCACCAGUGAGGAAGAGGAAAUAUUUCUGCAGCAGCACAACCUCACCAGAAACUCCCUGCAGCACCUUAAAGAACAAUCUCUCGGAACAAGGGAAGGAUUGGGAAGAUUCAUAACAUUUCUUGAGGAUACUCUGGGAAUUCACCUCUUGCAUUUCUGGAUGGACUGUGAAGAGUUCAGAGAACGUGUGUCAGAGACUGAAGCCUCUCCCAACCCUGAGGAAACCCGACACCUGUCUGCUCACCUGUACAGGUUCAUCCAGAACAAGUACCUGCCCUACCUGACUGCUGAGUGCCAGGAGCAGAUCCGACUGUCUCAGCAGAACUGGGGUCCAACAUUCCCAGCACUCAGGAGAUCCCAGUAUGAUGCACUGAGGCGCUUGCGCUCUUAUUGGGUACCACGGUUCCUGAUCCAUCAGAAGUUGUCCCUGCAUAGAAGGCUGGAUCUUAUUUCCCCCUACACAGAGACAAUAGAAUCAGAACCACAAAUCCAACUAGGACCCAACAAGCAGAGUCCAGGCACAACAGGGAGAGGGACAGAGGGUGGAAAGAAUACAAGCACCUGGACGGGUCUCCAAUGUGGCUCCUCCCACUCUUCUCUUGUCCAGAGAAUGAUACGAGCCCUGAUGAGUGAUUGUCAGGCUGGAAGCCCAUUCCUACACUUCUUAAGCAGGUUUGAUUCCCAGAAAAGAACUCAGAUGUUUCUGCUGUGCCAGGCAUUGGCUGAACGGGACAUUAGGGGGUCAGAGGAUGACGACUCAUCCUGGGAAAUCCAAAUGCCCAAGUACAGGGACCCCAUAUGGCAAGAAGGAUCUCUUGAAUAUGUUGCUGAGUUUUGGGAGCACCUGGACCACGCCGCAGGAGAUAUGCAAUCGCUGGCCUGGGGGUCUAUAGGUUGGAUGGAACUGGGUGCCCUGUGCGAGUCAUGGCUGUGUUUCCUGCGCUACGACGUUGCUCAAUUCCUAGAACACUGUGUUCCUACCCUAAACCAGGACCCAAAGACGAGCCUUGACUUGAGCCCCAGGGGGGACACGCACAAAAGGACUAAAAAAGGCAAAGCUUCCAGGGCUGUUCACUUCAGAGAAGGAAAGCCAAAACAUCAGAGGAAAACAGUCUCAUUUAUACAACAGGGUCAGGAUGAGGCAGUUUGUGGUUACCCCAUCAAUGAACCUCCAGACUCUCUGGAGAUGCUGGAGAACAAAGCUGUAUACAAGGUGUACAGAAAAGUUAUACAAGACACAGAAGAGCCAGCAACACUGAAGGCCUUAGAGACCCUUCAAGCAUUGAAAGGAACCACAGGAGGAAGGAAGAUGUUGAGGCUGGUGGAGGAAGUACUAGAGUUGGAAAGUAUCCAAAGGCCCCUUUUAAAAGGUCUUAGAAAGCGUUUGGUCUCAGACCUACUGAAGGCCAGGGUAAGCAGCCCCAGCCUUGAGGGGGUUAUAGACUACCUCCAUUCAUGCCUCUCACAAUCCUUUGGACAGUUUUGGGAAGAAAUGGUUAAAAGACUGAAGGAGUGUGGGGUGGAUCAGCCUGGAAAUGAGAACUGGGCACGACUGGAGCCUAUUCUACAGGUCUUUGCCAACAAAAUGAUCAUGUCACGUCUGCAUGGUACAAGGACCAUCCCGCAACAUUCUGCUCAGGCACAGCCAACAAGUGAGGACAAAACUACCUUCAGACAAGCCCUAUACCUGGCAUCACAGGGAUGGCCAACCUCUGAGGUGCUUCAUUUCCUCAGUUACCUUCAGACACACUCUGCCCAGGAGGGACAUUCUCUUCUUGAGAAUAAUCUGCUAUGCUGCCUGGAGGUGCAGAAGUACAAAAAUGCCCAUCAUGCUAUGCCAGACCAAGGACUUCUAAGGACAAAGGUUAGGGUAAUCAGGGAGAGAUUCUUGCUACCCCACCCCAACCACCUCUUGGAGUUGGACCCACAUCGCCUCCAGGCCUACUUGCAGGAAUCUGAGGCUGCUCUAGUGAUGGAUCAACCUUCGCUCUCCAUAUUUGAUGGCCUCCAGGAUUCCUUGUGUGGCCCCCUCUUGCCAUUCUGGGCUGGGUUCCGCAAGUUGUGGCUUCUCCGAUCUUCAGCCAGUGCCCGCAGGAAGCCCGUGCUUAGAGCCCAGCAGAUACUGCAUAAGCGUCUGGCCCAGUUCGAGUCUGCAGAAACCCCCCUAAAAACAUUUCAUCUACCUCCUGUUCAGCACUCAUCCUCCAUGGUCUCCUUCUCCUUCAGCAUCAGCCAUGGGGUAACUGUGAAGGAAAACCAGGAUCUGCAAUCAAUACCUGCAAGCCCAGCAGAGGAUAGAGCGUCACAAGAUUCCCAAUUGCCCCAACUUUCCAGAUCAUCCUCAAAAGCAAAGCAACUUCACACCCCACUAGGGAGCAAAACAUCACUAGACUCCCAAUUACUCCCUCUAUCCAGAUCAUCCUCAGGGGAAAAGCAUGUUCUGACCCUUGGGGGUGGUACCACUGGACAACCUGUGUCCCCCACAUGCUGAGCCAGGGAAUAGAAGGGCCAAUAAACAUAGCUGUCUUGUUCAUUUA